AGCCUGGGGUUGGAGAUCCUUCAGAUUGUGAAGGAAUCCCAGCAGCAGCACGGCUUACGGCAUGGGGACUUCCAGAGGUACAGGGGUUAUUGCUCCCGUAGGCUGAGGCGGCUCCGAAAAACUCUCAACUUCAAGAUGGGGAACAGGCACAAGUUCACUGGGAAGAAGGUAACAGAAGAGAUCCUCUCAGACAACAGGUAUUUGCUGUUGAUUCUGAUGGAUGCAGAGAGAGCUUGGAGUUACGCCAUGCAGCUCAAACAGGAGGCCAACACAGAGCCUCGCAAACGAUUCCACCUGCUGUCCCGCCUGCGCAAGGCUGUGAAACAUGCUGAGGAGCUGGAGAGGCUGUGUGAGAGUAACAGAGUGGAUGCCAAAACAAAGCUGGAAGCUCAGGCAUACAUGGCUUACCUCACAGGGAUGCUUCGUUUUGAGCACCAGGAGUGGAAAGCAGCGAUGGAGGCUUUCAACAAGUGCAAGACCAUCUAUGAAAAGCUGGCCAAUGCUUUUACAGAAGAACAAGCUGUGCUGUACAACCAGCGUGUGGAGGAGAUCUCUCCCAACAUUCGUUACUGUGCCUAUAAUAUUGGUGACCAGUCGGCUAUGAAUGAGCUGAUGCAGAUGAGGCUGAGGUCUGGUGGCACUGAAGGUCUUCUUGCAGAAAAACUGGAGGCACUGAUUACCCAAACUCGAGCAAAGCAGGCAGCCACAAUGAGUGAAGUGGAGUGGAGAGGAAGAACUGUUCCUGUGAAGAUAGACAAAGUGAGGAUCUUCUUACUGGGCCUGGCAGACAAUGAAGCUGCUAUUGUCCAGGCAGAAAAUGAGGAGACAAGGGAACGUUUGUUUGAGUCUUUGCUCAGUGAGUGCAGAGAUGCCAUUCAGGCAGUUCGGGAAGACCUGAAACCAGACCAGAAGCAACGGGAACACUCUCUGGAAGGUGAUUCUGGGAAGGUGUCCAACAUACAGUACUUACACAGUUAUUUGACUUACAUCAAGUUGUCCACCGCCAUCAAGCGCAAUGAGAGCAUGGCAAAGUCCCUGCAGAAGGCACUGCUGCAGCAGCAGCGAUCAGAAGAGGAUGGCAAACGCACACCACGGCCUCAGGACCUGAUCCGUCUCUAUGAUAUCAUUUUACAGAACCUCGUGGAACUGACACAGCUUCCUGGCCUGGAAGAGGACAAGAACUUCCAAAAAGAGAUUGGAUUGAAGACGCUUGUGUACAAAGCUUACAGGUGUUUCUUCAUUGCACAGUCCUAUGUACUGGUCAAGAAGUGGAGUGAAGCUCUGGUUUUAUAUGAAAGAGUGCUGAAAUACGCUGGUGAAGUUCAGUCAGGAGCUGGAGCUUUUACAAACAGCUUGAAGGAGCUGCCUGAUGUUCAGGAUCUGAUCACUCAAGUCAAUGCAGAGAAAUACUCCUUGCAAGCAGCAGCUAUAUUGGAUGCAAAUGAUAAUCCUGAGACUGAGUCUCCAUCUCUGGUCAAGGAUGGCAAGCCACUCUCAGAACGGUUUGAGACCUUCUGUCUGGAUCCUUCUCUAGUCAGCAAGCAAGUCAGCCUCGUGCACUUCCCUCCGGGCUUCCAGCCCAUCCCAUGCAAACCCUUGUUCUUUGACCUGGCCCUUAAUCAUGUUGCUUUCCCACCUCUGGAGGACAAGGUGGAGCAGAAGGCCAAGAGUGGCCUCACAGGAUACAUAAAGGGCAUCUUUGGAUUCAAAAGUUAACCAGGACCCCUCUGAGGAACAGAGGUUUUAAUCUGUAUUGAAGGAAAAGCUCCAAGAGGUUCUAAGACAUAAAUAUCUGCACCUGAAACCAACAGAGGGGGAGGCUUUACCAUCUUCUUCCCUGUGUUCUGUGUGUAUGUCUGUGCACUUACACUCUCUCCUGGUGUAUUAAAGACAAGCAAUCUGUUCAGAAACUUUAA